AUGAAGGUUCUUGUAGCUGAUUCGGAUAAAUUUACAUAUCCUUUAGCAGAAACAUGGGCUAGGUUAGUCCAAUUGGUUCAGAAAAAAGGCGAAUACUCGCAUAUAAUUACUGCUUCGAAUUCGUUUGGGAAAAAUAUUUUGCCGCGUGCUGCUGCAUUGUUAGAUGUUUCUCCAAUCACAGAUGUUAUUGCUAUUUCUGCUUCCAAUCAAUUUAUCAGGCCAAUAUAUGCUGGAAAUGCACUUUGUACUGUAAGAUAUAGUGGCUGCAAUCCUUGUAUGUUGAGUGUAAGGCCAACAUCGUUUGCUGUCUCCAUGGAUUCAUCAAAAUGUAACGAAGCUCCUAUUUCUCAGGUUGAUCUCUCAACAUUUGAUGAAGAUUCUGUUGGUAAGUCUAGAUAUGUAAAUCAUACAGCUCAGGAUACAGAGCGUCCUGAUCUUGGAAAUGCACAAGUUGUGAUCACCGGAGGCCGGGCAUUGAAAAGUGCAGAGAACUUCAAAAUGAUUGAAAAGCUGGCAGAAAAACUUGGUGCAGCUGUUGGUGCUACCCGUGCUGCUGUUGAUGCGGGAUUUGUUCCAAAUGAUCUCCAGGUUGGUCAGACUGGAAAAAUUGUUGCCCCAGAAUUGUACAUGGCUUUUGGUGUUUCUGGAGCAAUUCAACACCUGGCUGGCAUGAGAGAUUCCAAAGUCAUUGUUGCUGUAAAUAAAGAUGCAGACGCACCUAUAUUCCAGGUAGCUGAUUAUGGGCUUGUUGGUGAUCUUUUUGAGGUAAUUCCGGAGUUGUUAGAGAAGCUUCCUGAGAAAAAGUAAACCUGGCAAAUGGGUACUUCAACCCUUAUAAUGCUAACAGUCCUGUUCAUCAAAUUGUUCAAAUUAAAGAAAAUAAACAUUAAUAGUACGAAAGUGAACUUUGAUUUCACUCA